AUGUCAAAGGGCAAAGAAAAAUUUAGCGGCAGUAAGCAAUUUAGGUGGCUGCCACCUAUGCAUGAGAUGAUGCUAAAGAUACUUACAGAGGAGGCUGGAAAGGGCAAUAAGCCCUCUAAUACUUUUAGGGCCGGCUCCUUUGCUCUUGUAGCGAAGGAGAUAACGGCCCAUUUCGAGGUUGAGUGCCACCCUGGAACUAUUCAAGCUCUUAGAAAGAAGAGUGGAUUCGGUUGGGACGAAAAUCUGAAAAUGAUAACUUGUGACGCUAAAACAUACCAAGAAGAAGUUAUGGCACAUCGGAAGCAUGCCGAGUAUCUGAACAAAAAAAUUGAGUUUUACGAUGAAUUAGCGAUUGUGGUGGGGAAGGACACAGCCACAGGUGGCUUUUCUAAGUCCUAUGUGGAUAUCGAAAAUGAGCCAGAUAAUGGGGAUAAUGGGGAUAGUGCAAAGUUUGUUGCAGAUAAUGUGGAGGAAUGUGUGGUUGAAAAGGGGAAGAACGCAAAUGAAUCAUCCACCACUGGGUCGGGAAUUUCCAAGUCCCGCAAAAGAGGGCGUGCAGCUUCUAAUGCUGAUGAUAGUGUGCUAACUGAUCUGUCUGAUCAGCUGAAGGAAAUAGCUGUCGCUCUGAAAGAAAUUAAUCGGGGCCCGGUAAAUUACACAACUUUGUAUAAUGAGGUAAUGGCUAUGAUGGCGGAUGGAUAUAGCGAAGAUAUGCUCGCUACUGCCUUCGACCAUCUUUGUGAGAAUGAGAAGAUAGCACGUGGAUUUUUAGCCAAGAAUGCUAGGUUGAGGAAGCUGUGGUUAGAUGGUUAUUUUUUCUCACAAAUUUGA